ACAGUGUUCGCUCACUGUGAGCUGGUGUGGGUUGAUUCUUCAUCUCAUCAGAGUACGGAUCGUAUAUGGUCAUCCGUGUAACCAGCUAGAUGCAACUGCACGCAGUGCCGGAUAUCAAGAAUUGCAUAAUAUUCGAAAUUCGUCCGCGCCCAUGGAAUGCGCGAUUCCACUUGACACAAAGUUCCUACGAUAAAGCAUUGCGGAGCAUACAAUACGUACGUCAAGUGCGGUGAAGCUAAUAAGGUUGACGUGCUGGUGUUAGUGUCAGGAAUAUGGCUAUAUUUAGCGUAUGACGGUUUUGGAGCACGUACAGUGCCGUCGUUCUAAUAUAACAUCGUUCGUGCAUCGCCUGUGUUUACGGUCGGUUUAUGAUACCAGAACGAAAAUGGAAGAUAUAUUUCAGUGGUGUCGCGAAGGCAAUGCUAUGCAAGUUCGUGUCUGGCUGGAUGACACUGAACAUGACAUGAACCAAGGAGAUGACCAUGGAUUCAGUCCACUUCACUGGUGUUGUAAAGAAGGACACUUUAAAUUGGCGGAGUUGCUUGUCAGCAGAGGAGCACGCAUUAAUGCCACUAACAGAGGCGAUGACACACCUUUGCAUCUAGCUUCUGCGCACGGACAUAAAGAAAUAGUGCAAUUGUUACUCAGAAAUCGUGCUGACGUAAACGUCACAAAUGAACAUGGAAACACUGCCUUGCAUUACGCUUGUUUUUGGGGAGAUCAAGCAGUUGCAGAAGAAUUGGUUGCAGCUGGUGCUCUCGUGUCCAUUGCCAAUAAAGAUGGCGACACUCCUCUUGAUAAAGCCAGAGGAGUUGUGGCUAAAAGAUUGCAUGAUUUAGCAGUGGAGUAUGGACAAGACUUGAAGAAGAUCCAGUUCAAAGAUCAGAGCUGGUUAGGCCUGAAAACAAGAAGCCGAGAUGCGACUCUCUCAAGGCACAAAGGGAUCAGUAUGGCAGAUCUGGCCCUGCACACACAUCUUGCAAGCACACCAAGCGGUGACACUUGGAGAGGACGAUGGCAAAACAAUGAUAUUGUCGCCAAAAUUUUAAACACCCGUGAAUGCACUGCACGUGUUUCCAGAGACUUUAAUGAAGAAUUCCCGAAAUUGAGAAUCUUUUCGCAUCCUAAUGUUCUGCCAGUUCUCGGUUGCGUGAAUCAACCGCCGCAACUGGCAACCGUUUCUCAAUUCAUGGCGCGAGGUAGUUUGCAUCGACUUCUGCACGGAGGAACAGGCGUCGUCGUGGAUACAGCGCGCGCUCUUCGAUUAGCUCUCGACGUUGCCAGGGCUAUGGCAUUUCUUCACGGUUUGGAUCGACAGAAUAGAUGCAGAUUUUAUCUCAACAGUAAACAUAUAAUGAUCGAUGAAGAUCUAACAGCUCGUGUGAACAUGGCAGACGCGAAAUUUUCUUUUCAAGAAGUCGGACGAAUUUAUGAGCCAGCAUGGAUGUCGCCGGAAGCUUUAAGUAAGCGUCCAGUGGACAUUAAUCUCGAGGCUAGCGAUAUGUGGAGCUUCGCUGUUCUUCUAUGGGAGUUAGCCACUCGAGAAGUACCUUUUGCUGAUCUAUCGCCUAUGGAGUGUGGCAUGAAGAUCGCGCUGGAAGAUUUACGCAUCAGUAUUCCACCGGGCAUUUCUCCGCAUCUUGCAAAGCUCAUUCGGAUUUGCAUGAAUGAAGAUCCAGGCAAACGACCAUCCUUCGAUAUGGUUGUGCCAAUCCUUGAUAAGAUGAAGCGCUGAAAUGUGUUCGAUAUUUCUCGACAAAUGGUAAUACAUAUAAUUGGAAGAAACACAAGUGGAAAACAUACAAAAAAGAUUGAAGAGUGCCUAACGAAUCUCUAUAUUUAUUCAACUGCCUCGAGCAUUAUUAUUAACAACGAUAGAAUAUUUUUAUAUCACUGUGUUUUACAAGUGAACGAAUACUGCCUUUAAAAGCCUAAAGUAGUUUCUAAAUGGACUAAUUUUUAGCUAUUCUUAUAUUUAAUAUAAAAUUAUAUGAAUGUUUUGUGCAGGUAUAAGUGUUUAUAUCCGUAAUCUAAAUAAAAUUUUAAAUAACUCGAACUUUUAUCUGUUUGGCAUAUUUAAUAUCAAAUCGCCAAUACUUCUAAUAUAAAAAGCAUAGUGACACUAUUUACAUAUUAGAGAGCAUAUUUUUUAUAAAACUUUUAGUGACACAGUCUGUCUGUAUUGUCGGACAUAUUGUAUUAUUUGUACAUUAAUUGAAAUUAGAAUGAUUAAUAAAACUAAAUCAAUU